CGAAAAGCGGCCAAUAGAAAAAUUCCGCUGUGCUGUUGCUAGGUCGUUUCGAGCCUUGCCGACCAAUCAGAUUGUUACUGGUGAAGGGAGGGCGCGGGGAGCUGGAGGUAACAGUGUGCCCGAGAGCCCAAGUGCGAGGGAAGCCUUAUCACGGAGGCACGGCUAAAGACAACAUUUGAAAAAUGCCGAAUAAAACUAAAAAAGAGAAGGAACCAACCAAAUCUGCAAAAAGCAGCACAAAAAACAGUAAUGGCGGAAAGGAUGCUGGAACUGAAAAUUCAGAAGAGGCCCAGCAGACAGCCAGCAAGCGUCCGAGCAACAGCACUCCACCUCCCACUCAGCUCAACAAAAUUAAGUACUCAGGUGGGCCUCAGAUUGUAAAGAAGGAGCGUCGACAGAGUUCGUCACGAUUCAACCUCAGCAAGAACCGGGAACUGCAGAAGCUUCCCGCCCUCAAAGAUGCCCCACCCAUGGAUCGAGAAGAACUGUUUGUCCAGAAACUGCGGCAGUGCUGCGUGCUUUUCGACUUUGUGACUGAUCCACUAAGUGAUCUCAAGUAUAAAGAGGUGAAGCGAGCCGGCCUCAAUGAAAUGGUGGAGUACAUCACACACAACCGCGACGUGGUCACAGAGUCCAUCUACCCUGAAGCUGUUAUCAUGUUUUCUGUAAACUUGUUCAGGACUCUGCCGCCCUCUUCCAACCCCACGGGAGCAGAGUUUGACCCCGAAGAGGACGAACCCACUCUAGAGGCAGCUUGGCCUCACCUGCAGCUGGUGUAUGAAUUCUUCUUAAGAUUCCUGGAGUCACCUGACUUUCAGCCCAACAUUGCCAAAAAAUACAUUGACCAAAAGUUUGUAAUGUCGCUUCUGGAGCUUUUCGACAGUGAAGACCCCCGAGAGCGGGACUUCCUAAAAACCAUCCUGCACAGGAUCUAUGGAAAGUUCCUGGGACUGAGAGCCUACAUCCGUCGGCAGAUCAACAAUAUUUUUUAUAGGUUUAUAUACGAGACGGAGCAUCACAAUGGGAUUGCGGAGCUCUUAGAAAUCUUAGGAAGCAUAAUUAAUGGAUUUGCCCUGCCACUGAAAGAGGAGCACAAAAUGUUUCUCAUCAGAGUGCUACUGCCUUUACACAAAGUCAAGUCUCUCAGCGUCUAUCACCCACAGCUGGCCUACUGUGUGGUGCAGUUUUUGGAAAAGGACAGCAGCCUCACUGAACCCGUGAUUAUAGGCCUGCUAAAGUUCUGGCCCAAGACUCACAGUCCCAAGGAGGUGAUGUUUCUGAAUGAGCUGGAGGAAAUCUUGGAUGUCAUCGAGCCCUCAGAAUUUGUUAAAGUCAUGGAGCCCCUCUUUAGACAGCUGGCCAAGUGUGUAUCAAGUCCACACUUCCAGGUUGCUGAAAGAGCAUUGUAUUACUGGAACAAUGAGUACAUCAUGAGCCUGAUCAGUGACAAUGCCGCCAAGAUCCUCCCCAUCAUGUUUCCCGCUCUCUACAAGAACUCCAAGAGCCACUGGAACAAGACAAUCCAUGGGCUUAUCUACAACGCUCUCAAGCUCUUUAUGGAGAUGAACCAGAAGCUGUUUGAUGACUGCACUCAGCAGUACAAGGCUGAGAAGCAGAAAGAGAAGUACAAACUUAAGGAGCGGGAAGAAAUGUGGCAUAAAAUAGAGGAGCUAGCAAAACAAAAUCCCCAGAGUACAAAGAUUCAGCUGCGGCCCGGUCUGCCUCAAGAGGAGGGGUUGAAAGAAAUCAAGAAAGAAAAGGUUUUGAUGAGGCGAAAGUCUGAGCUGCCGCAGGACGUGUAUACUAUAAAAGCCCUGGAAGCUCACAAGCGAGCGGAGGAGUACCUGACGGCCAACCAGGAAGCCCUCUGACCGGGGAGCACCGCCACCCUCCACCGCGCCUAAACUGUCCCUCUCGUCUUGGUCCAAAAUUGUCGCCUGCUGUAAACCCACCUCUCUAUUCCUCUGCCUCUAUCCAUACUCUCUUCCUCCCUCGCUGUUGGAGAGCCCCGUCUGCGAAAAAUCCAGCCCACAGAGCAGUGGAGAGCUCCCAUAAACUCUGUCCCGCCCCCUAUGUGCGCACAAACACUUUCCAAAGUCUUCACAAAUCCAUAGCUGCUGAUCCUCACGCCGAACAGAAGCCAGCACUGGGUUGUUAGAAAGCAGUGUGGGUUACAAAUGAUGAAAGUAUGCUCGUGUUGUGGUUUGUUUUUCUCUCCACACUCCGCUUUAUUUUGUCCACUUUGUGCUGUCUCCAUUUGUCCGCAUGUUCCCUAUCCUGUUUUUACCACUGCUUGAGAGCUUCUCCUGUAUUCCAAUCACUGCCUCUGUAAAUCUGUUCUCUCGGUGUUCGCAAUGAAGGGGCCAAAUUUAACUAAAUGAAUCAUGUCACUCAAGAUAAAUGAAGACCUCAGUGGAGAUGGUGACCCUGUGUUGGAUUUUCCUGUGUGCGCUCAGCAUAGGGACUGUAGCCAAACGGGAGCGAGCAGGGUUGUCCUUGAUGUCAUACAAUACACUAUAUGGAGAAAGCAGCUUUAUGAAUUAGACAUGCAAAUUGGAGAUUUCAAACCACAAGGAAUUGCAAAUCUUAUUUCGGAUGCUUCCCUAGACGUACACCUGAGAGGGUAUUUAAACAAUUGUUUCUCCAUAGUGGCCUGGUGCUAUAAAUGCUUCAGGUAGUCAUCUGAAGAAGUAAUUUUUGAGGUCAUGGCCACAUAUUAAGAGGCAGAGGCUGAAGAGUUCGACCUAAUCCGUUUGCUGUUUUCCCAGUGAUUGUGAUAAUGAUCGUCAAAUGUAAGGGAGAUUUGUGGAAGCAAUCAUCUCUAAACACCACCAGCAGAGCGCUUGAUGACAAUGCUGUAAAAGUAGUAUACAGUCUGUGCUCUAAACGCAUGCACCAAUGGCCUAUUGGUCCACACUGCACUUAUGUUUGUAUGCAUUCAUGUUUUAUUUUCGUUUUAGGACUGAUACCUCUUGACCCGAUACCAAUCAAAUCGAAACG